UACACUCUCCAUCUGAAACUAACUUACUGGUGCGCAGUUUUAGGUGAAAGGAGACCUAAGUAGGAGUUUUAUUUAAAACAAUUCUUCGCUCUCUUCUUUUAAAAUAAAAUUAUUUUCUUAAAAAUUAAAAUAAAUUUGAAGAUAAAACAAUAUGAAUAAUUUAAGAACAUCCUUGAUUAGCAGAUUGAAACCUUAUUCAAAGUAUAUUCCUCAAAUUGAUAAGCACAUAUUAAGAACGAUGCUUAAACUUUGUGUUGAAGUUUUAGAAACUAAGAAAUAUUCAAAACAAGCUUAUGAUAAGGAAGUUUUAAAACUCACUUCAUUGCAUCAAAAAGAUGGAAAGGAACAUGAUUAUGCUGUUUACUGUACUGCAAUUAUGAUUUUAUUAGAAACAUUCUUGAAAUUUCCAAAGAAGUCAAACGAAAACCUUGCUGACAUCUUAAAAGAACUUAAAUUUCAAGGUGAUUGCGUUGAAGACCUCACUAAAGUGUUGAUAACAAAUCAAGAACAUUUAUAUGAGCAAUAUAAAGAGUUGAAAACAACUGAACCUUUCACACAGCUUGAACAUCGAAUAGACAUUUCAGGAGUUGACAGAGGUCAGCCACCGUCAGUGAUUCUCUCAUAUGAGCAAGAUGGAAUUGGAAAAGCUGUCAAUCUCUCUUUACAAGAAUUUCAUCAAUUAAGAUAUAUGGUAGCUUCAGCUUUACAUGAGCUACAAGAUUUAGAACGAAAAAAAUCGUGA